AUGUCCCAGCAGCUCCGUCAAGUCCCCACGCACCCAUCCUCGCCGUCGAAUCCCACAUCGCGGCGGACCACAAGCGGCGGUGGUGUGCCAGUGUCUCAAACGCAACCGCAGCCGUCGACGACCUCUCCAAAGACCCGCAGCCUCCUGCCCUCUCCGCAAUUCGAAGACGACCCGAUCGUCGCCUCCCAUCAGCAAGCCAAGCUCGCCCACAGCAACAGACCGAGUCUCACCCUCAACAACCCCGAGUACUCGGAGCACGCGGUCGCCGAGUCGGAACACUACAGCCAUGGCGGUGGCCUUGCGUCUGCCCAUCAUCCGGGAGAGGUGCCGCCGACAAUCCCGUCCUUCCAGCCCUUCUUCACCUUGAUCGAGGAUAGUGUUACGAACGAGCACUACCACCCGACGGUCCACUACAUCUUUGCCGACGAUGACACCGACAUCAUCACCGAGGCUGCGUUGAGGAGUCUCGAGGAAUUGGAUCCCACCCAACGAGGGGACAAUCGGGGCGGUGCUCCACCGGGAGGACGACACGGGCGGCCACUUUCACACGCAGCUCAAGACCAGGACCUCCAUCGUCAGGAUGAUGGCAUCAACGCACCCCGCCUUCCUCCACCCACGGCCGAUAUGCGCGAGCACUACAUCAUCCUCGACGUGCAUCCGCAACCUCGCAGCACCACUCAGAACCAAGACGACAACGCCACCCCAGCAGGGGCUGCUUCUUCGGUCGGAGGCGGCGGCGCCACCGUCAGUGGUGGUGGAAUAACAGGCUACAACUACGAGGUCACAUCCGCACACAGCCUCAGCGCAGAAUGGCAGGUCUUGCGGACCAGCAUCUCGGCCGCGCCGACCAUUGGAGACGGCGGACCCAGCGAAGAAGGGGAAGAAGGGCUGAUGUUGCGCAUCGAGGGGAGAGGGAACACACCCGGCGACCUUGCCCUGGCAAUGGCGAAAGAGAAGGCCACCGGAGCCGGAGCCGGAGACGCCGAGAGGGAAAAGGAGAGUAUGGAAGAGAUGAUUGACCGGUUCCAGCGACGUCUGGAUGAUAUCAGGAUGGUUAUUGAGGCAGGUGUGGGCGGGAUCAGUGCGCCUGUGGGCGCUGCUGCGCUGGGCGGAGACGAAUAA